AUGAAGACAUUAUCUUUCUUGGCUUUAUUAUCUUUCAUCAGCGUAGCAAUUAGCUCGCCUCUUCCAAGUCCAUAUGAUAUUUUGCAACAUCAAUCAAACGAUGAUCCGGUAGGAACAAGUACAGUGUUACAUCAUAUGGUCAAUGCAGAAGAUCGUGUAUUGCACAUCGUUCAUCCUGAUGGUACAACUCAUUCAAUGACUCUAUUGCCAACAUCUGCAAUUCAUCCUUCUGGCACGACUACUCCUCCUCACGUUGCUACCGUACACUACAAUGCCGCACCUACUCAACAACAACAUGAACUCACUCCUUAUACUUCUCAUCCUGCUUUUGCACCUGGUACACAAGCCAACAACAAUUCAACACCUGAACCUGCUUCUAGCUUAGAACAACACAAAGCUCUUGGUGGUCCAUUGACACCUUCUGCUUCUUUGGCUUCCCACAAUGCCACCAUGACACAUGAAGGAGCUGCACCAGCAGAAAAGGGUGAAGCCGAAAAGAAGCCCGAAAGUGAAGAAAAGAAGCCCGAACCUUCUGCUGAAAAAAAGCCUGAAGAAGAAAAGAAGGGCGAAGAGAAGAAACCUGAAGAAGCAAAGAAGCCCGAAGAGAAGAAACCUGAAGAAGCAAAGAAGCCCGAAGAGAAGAAGCCUGAGGAAGAAAAGAAAGGUGAAGAAAAGAAGCCUGGAGAAGAAAAAAAGCCUGACGAAAAGAAACCCGAAGAUGAUCAUCCAAACGGUUCUUUUGCUAAACGUGAUACGAUCUUUAUGCCAGUCUUAUCUUUGUUCGGUGCCGCAGUCAGCGCUCUGUUCAUUCUUUGA